ACCAAUAGCCGAGGAGAGAGAACUACAUCCUAUUAACGGUGAGCUGAAGCCUGCAGGAAGCAAGGAAGCGGGCAAUUAACGCGGGUCAACACCGGUGAGAAGCCCUACCAAUACUACGAUUGUCAGUUCGUAAUGGCGACACAAACAUGUACCAAGGGCGAGGAAUACGAGCAGGGAGAUCCCUGAGAAGACGCCAUGAAAACGAAGACGAAAAUAUUGUGUUGGACUCAGGGAGGGGGGUGUCAGGGGUCAUCAGAGAGGUUCUGGGGAUUGUAUGCAGAAAAGAUGGCAUUUCCAAAGGCCGUCGUCUUGGUUACCUCAAUGCCGCAGUCAGGGCAAUAUCGAAGAUAACAUCAUCCAACCACUCCAAAAAAUCUCCAUUCUCCGAUGACGAAAAAAUAUUUGACGAGAUAGUGUCAUUAAAAAACGAUAGUAACUCGCCACCUUCGCAAGUCGACUUUGGGGAGGAGGUAAUCACCAGGGAACACUGCUUCUGCUUAUUACGAUGCUGUCUAGUCCAUGAGGGAAAGGAGGUGCGUGCAGGUGGCCUUCGACUCUUGCGUUACCUUAUCCAGACACCAGAGGAUGUGAAAGCACUUAUAACAGUAAAUACUGUACCCCUCAUUAUCAGGUGCAUGGAUAUCAUGCUUGAUAAUCAAAUAGAACGUCUUCAGAGUCUCAGACUAGCACGCCGAAUGCUGCAGGUGGCUCCCAGUCUCUUCCCGGAAGCUCUGGCUCGUUGCCUUAUUGCCAUUGCUCGUGAUGGAGCCAAGGAGAGGGACAGGCUUCUUAGAUCUGCUCUUGCUACACUUAAUGAAAUGGCUGUGCUAAAUACGGGUGUGUUUGUGGAGUGUGGCGGAGUGGGCGUCUUGCUGCACAACAUCUUAGACUGCGGGAUGCCACGGAUUAACGAAGCUCUUCUGGGUGCCAUACUCUACCUCCUCAACACACCCGAGUGGAGACCACACUGCUCUCAGUUGCACAUGAUCCUGGCACCAUUCUCUGACUUUCAUUACAAACAUACAAGCUAUGAUCUGGAAUACUAUAGCAAAAGUGAGGAGCGUGAGUUGAGAACACAGGCUGGGAAGUUGGGUGUGCUGGUGUGCCUGAGAUCAUGGCCAGGGCUGGUAGCCCUCUGUCAGCCAGAUACAGCAGCUCUCAGGUCUCUCAUAGCAUUGCUUUAUCCCAACCAUGAAGAUACUAGGAAAGCUAUUAUUGAGCUGCUGUACGAAUUGUUUAGAGUGCCCCUUGGGGAAUGGACUGGUGACUAUGAUGACGCUCUUUCUGAUCACGUGUCUGUCUCUGCAUCAGACACCGACAUGUGGCGAUUGCACGAAGGCUUCGUGGCAGCAGAGGCACGGGCAGUCUUACCUCACAUUGCCAAGUUUAGACCAAAUAUUAUCCAGAACCACUUAGCCCUGGUACUCUAUACGUUGAUGUGUGUUGAUCUGUUUCCUGCUUUGUGUGAAGUCAUUGUUACAAGUUCGGCGCCUCUGUCAGUCCGGACCACAAUAUUGUUGGGUGAAUUGCUCCACCAAGCUAACCAAAAUUUGCCUGGAGAGUGUGGCUCUGUUUCUCAUUCACUUCCUAUUUUGCUGGAGAGAGCAGCAAGCCAUGAUUCUAUUCAGCGCAUGCGAGCCACGCAGGCUAUCACGGCUCUGUUGAUUUUGGCUCGGGCUAGACAAAACCCCCAUAAUACUUCCACUAGUCUCUACCUAUCACACAUUAUUCAGUGCUCACCUAAAUCCAAGGAGCGCAUCCCUAAAGUGUACACUUCCACAUCGAGUGCCAAACUUAGCAAGUGGUUGGGGAAAGACCACGACGAGUUAAUCCACCAGACCUUGAAAGAUUCACAGGUGCUAAUCUUCGGAAGAGACCCACACACGUGGAAGUGGGAGCUCAUCAUUCCUGUACUCAGGUGGCCUACAUCAUCCUUGCAACGGUUGGAUGACAGCAGCUACAGACUCUUCGUGAGACGUAUCUUGCAUUUUUACAAGCCAAGCUCAGGACUCUUUGCCAAUGUUGACCUCACACAUGACCUUGCACAAGUGUUUGCUCAAGGACUGCUGCACUUCUGUGACUUUCUUCUGGGUGCAUCUGAGGAUGAAUGUGGUAAACACUUUGAAGAAUUAUUAGUGGACGUGAGUACAAACCUGACGUGUGUUGUAUGCGAGUGUCCACUCCACGAUGCGGUUCUCUCACCAUCGCGCCUUAACACCACCACUGCACAAUAUUAUUUUCUUGCUCUGGGUAGACUGUCUCGCUCACAGCGUGGAUACGACAUGCUUCUGAAAGCUGGAAUCUUUGAACAGUUGCAAGAGCUGGUCAGUGUGUCAAAGAGUGAUAUGUAUGCCAAGCUUGUAUCUACCUGUUUAGACUACUCAAUCAAUGGGCUCAAUAGAGCAAUUUUGACGAAGAUUCUGACUGGGUGCCAGGAGUCAGCUCGAGUGUAUGCCACUCAGUUCCUUCGAGCAUUAGUUCGGGUAGGGGCCGCAGACUUCGCUCGCUGGGGAGUAGAGCUGCUGGUAGCCCAGUUGUAUGAUGAAAGCCGUGUAGUGUCCUUGGCAGCGCUGGAUGUGCUGGAGGAGGCAUGUGAUAAUGAAGACUACCUGGAAGCCAUCCUCUGUGCUCCACCAUCCGUCCUGCACCUGGGUGACCGCGGACAGCUGCUCAUGGCAAAGUUGGUCUCGUCUCCGAGAGGAUUUAGGGCAUACCACGAGGCCAACUUCAGCAAUACCUUACUGGAUAAGUGGUCUACAACAUACAAUUAUAAAUAUGUAAAAUUAAUGCAGACAGCUGUUGCUGACUCUGUGACUCAACACCAGCGUGGAGAGGAUGGUGCAUAUGGCCGACGCACAGGCAGUAAGCACAUUGUUCAUGAUGUUUUCCUCUUGCCACACCUGUAUGGAUCACUCACACAGCAUAAGGAAGGUUUCUGCAUACUUAUGCAACAUGAUGCAGUAAGAAAUAUGGUUCAGAUUGUUAAAGCUGGUGCUGUUUCUACUCCACAAGAUAUCUACCAGCUUAAAGUGGCAAUCUGGGCCAUGGGCCACUUGGGGCUGAGCAGCGAUGGCGCAGGUUUUCUGAGUUGUGAGGGUGUGCUGCCGGCGCUCACCCACCUGGCUGCUACCUGCCCAGUGUACUCAGUACGAGGAACCUGCUUUCACGCUCUGUGCCUAGUGGCUACAACCAGGGAUGGGGCUAACCUGCUCAGGAAAUAUGGCUGGGAGUCUGUACAACGUCAUCAUCAUGAAUGUUGGCAAUUGGUGGAGGAAACGGUGGAUGUGUGGUCACCAACCACCAAUCAGGGCCAAGUUGAUGAAAAUUACAUAAACAUUGGUGGCCACCAGAUCUCAGAAAGUGAUGUUGAUGACUUUGAUCUAGUAAAGCCUGGGUUUUAUGUUGGAGAUGAUUCCGAAGAUGGUAGUGAUGGCGGGUCUCUGCUUGUGGAAGGUAUUGGGCUAGAUGACUCUUAUCCUACUUCAGGCAAAAGCCAGACGCUGCCACACAAGUCAAAGCCUCCUUCAGUUAUAGGCCAUCAGAGAAGUCUUUCUGACUGUGCACCAGUGUUAGAGGAGCAUCCCUUGGACCAGCCGCAGCCAACACCCUCACAAGAUGACCUCACCAUUGGCAAACGAUCAUCACUUCGCUUCAGCAAACUUCUUGCUAGUGUGCGUAGAAAAUCUGAAAGACGUCGUGAAUCUACCAGCAGUCGUGCCAGCAACUCCUCUACAGCCUCUGAUCGCAUGACUGAUCGCAUGGCAGCAUUCCUGCAAUCUGCGCGACGUAUCAGAGGAAUUAGUUCCCGAAGCCAUUCACUCACGGACCCCACAGGUUCAGAUGAGGAAGCUGGGGAUCAACGUUACACCUUGAGCUCGGAUUCACUUUCAGAUCCAGCACAGGACAUGGAUUUCUCUGCGACUGAAUUGCCUAAUGAUGGUCUGGAUAUGUCUAGAGAAAAUUCCCACGCAAAUGUUUACAGUUCACUACCUGUCAGGACACAAAUAGACUGCCGCUUAAGUCCUAUUGCCAGUGGAGCAUCACUAGCCACACUUGGCUCCCAAGCAACUGCUGAAGGUGGAGUAGAGUUGAGACGUGGAGGGCGAGCCGGUUCCAUCCGUGGGUCAAGUGGAGCCCUUUUUGCAGAAGAUCCUGGAGAUAGAACUGCAGGCAGCACAACUCCUAUUAUGCAUGGAGCUUCAGUAAUAACAGGCCAGCCAUUGUCUACCCAAAGUUACCUCACUCUUCGUUCUAUCACAAACCACCGUAGGGUUGUGUCGGAAUCGAGCCAAGAGGAAAAAACGGCAAGAAAUUCACUCAAAGGCUUUUUGUCUUCAAGUUAUGAACAUGGUGGGACAUACUUGAUGCGCAAUUUGCUCGAUGUGCAAGGAAUGGUACGAUCUCCAUCGGGUUGUAGUGAAGUAUCGUCUGUACGUUCGGCCGGAGUUCGAGGUAGUGGACUUGGUAGCAGCAUUGGCAGAGGGCUUGGUAGUGUGCCUUUAAGUGGUGUAAUUCACGAUGAGUGUGGCCAGUGCUACCUAGGAUUUGCUCUGCCACUUGACCUUGAUCUACUUCUGUAUGAUGCUACUUCUGACAAAAAAUCCCAGCACCAAAAUGGAGGAAAUGCAAAUAUGUCUAGCAUGAGCAAUGGCACCUCUGGCAAGGACAGAUUUCCUGUAAUAACAGAAUCUGAGUUGGAAACCCAGUCAGAGGAGAAAACCAUGAAACGAAAAACAAGUGCAGUUAGCAAUGGAAAGAGGAAGAUUAGCAUGGACACCACAGGAAGAGAUGGUGAUGGGACAGGUCUGGAGCUUCACACCCCACAGAUGUGCUUGGCAUGCUUCACUCUUGCUCCUGCCUUGCUGCAGUCCAGCCCCUUGCACAAGUGCGAAGGUGAAGGGCCGGUGACGGAGGGUAUGGUAGUGGAGUCCCCCCACCUGCAACGGGUCAAAGCCAUCAGUGAAGCUUCCGAAGCAUCAGAUUCUUCCAGUGUCAAUAGCCAGGGUUGGGAUGACUUGGGUGAGGGCAAGUCAGGCCCUGAGCGAGUAAACCAGACCUUGAUAAGAAAAGAGAUAUUACGGUUCAUAACCAACCUGUUGUCUUCCAUAGCUGCCAAAUCUUCAGAAUCGGGUUUGCUAACACUCAAGCAGAGAUGGCCUCAUGCAUUCCGUGACCUCUGCCUCUACUCUGAGAUUUGCCAAGUACUUGCCUGCUAUAAUUACCGCUUAACAGCUCGUCGCUUUAUUCAAGAACUUUUCAUGGAUCUGACCUUUAGUGAGAUUUAUGCCGAGGCCAACCGUCUACUGAAUACGCAGCUUGAGGGACUCUGCGAAACUGUGAAUCCUGUUGUUCAAGAGAGCCCAAUUACCAUGCACACUUUCCGCCUGCAGGCGCCAACCAUGGCUGACAUUGCUGAGGUUACUUUGUCUGAUAAGUCAGACAAGGAAGAAGAUUGCUAGUGUUUUUUGUAACUUAUUGUUACACUAGUGAUUUAGUAUUAUUCUGGUCAUCUAGAAAGCACAAAUCCAUGUUCCUUUUAGGAUCUCUAACAACAUCCUUAUGAAGUGCCACUUUCAAAAAGCAUAUUUGAACAAAUAAAAGUAAAAUUAAUGUGUUUAUUCAGGUCCAUGUUUGCUCAAAAUGAUUCACAAUAAAUAUUGUGGUAGCUACAUAGUAUUAAUAAAUAUGUUAAGUGGCAUUUCAUAUUGGUGUGUUAUGUCCUAGUCCCACCACCGAUAUCUCUAGUUCCCUUUGAGAAAAAAUUAAUUUAAGUACACACUAACUGGCAGUGGCUCAGGUAUUCAAUUACAAAAGUGUGCCAAUUGUUUUCAGACUGCUUUUAAAUGCCUGACAAGGAUUUGACAGUAUUUUUGAUAAGGCAGAUGUUUUGACCACUAUCACCAGCUGUGAGGCACUGAGUUGCCUGUAAUAAUACUUGGCCUGAUAAUGUGUAUAUUUGUCAGUAAUAAGCGGCUAUUUCCUUUGUUAAUAUUGUGCUUGAAGCCAUCCUAUUACAGCAUCUGUUUUAAAGGAAUGCUGCUUUUUGUAGUCCGGAGCCUGGGUCUUAUUCAUUGAAGCAAGUAGAUUUUUGCAGGCUUCACCCCCUGCCCCCUUCCCUUCCCUCCACGGUAGCUACCAUGUCGUGGUUGUUGGUCCUUACCUUGCUCAGUCUUAUCACAUUCCUCCUGGGGUGUAGAUAUACAUGUACAAACAUUCCUCCACUUACUCUUCACUAGCACUGUCUACAUUGGACUACGAGUGGCCUGUGCAUUUGUUUGCUUGACCCCAACUCGUCAUCUUGAUGCUUUGUAUCAUACACGCUUGUGCCUCUGAUCAGGGGUACGUUUGCUUUAACCCAACUCACUAUAUGUAUAAAGCGGUGUUUUAUCAUUACAAGGCCACAUCCACUUGCAUUUUCUUCAAUACUUUGCAUAGACCCUACAAAACUGCCUCUCAUACUUCUAGCUCCCUUUGAAAGCCCUGCCUUUUUUUUUCUGUUCUUUAGUGCAAAGAUUGCUGUCUUGUAGGCUUCUUUCUCUAUGCUUGUCUGCAAUGGGUUUUCUCUCAUUGUGCCUACCCCCAUGGAAUCCCACACUUGUUAAAUUUUGUAAAGCCCUAACCUGUGGUGAAUGCUUAUACACUUCUACUGUCCUGAAAUGCCAUUUUGGACAGUUACUUUUCAUGUGCCAAUGUUGGUUAUGGUAGUUCACUGUUGCUCUUGCUCAUUUUGAGCAGAUAGAAGACAGUUGAGUCAUGCUGGUUUUCCAGUCACAUUGUGGUGUUGCCUCCAACAAUCUUGUGGAUGCUGCUGCUAAAGAGGCCGUUUAUGCCUAUCCCAUAUUUCCGGAAAUUAAUUCUGUACUAAUGUUUCUACCACACUCAUUCAUAAAGCAAUCACCAACUGUUGGAAAGAGAUGCUUAGCUAUUCUGAACAACAAAUCAUGUACUAUUAUAUAUAACCUAUUCCUGUGAUCUUUCUGUCACUGGAACAGGAAGUUUAAAACAUUUCUAGCUUGGUUUUUACCUACUGACUACACAAGAUUUACUUGUGGACACUUUAUGGAACAGAGUUGUACUUUACUGUCAGAACUGCAGUGUCUUGCUUAGUCAUAUCACCACCUUGUAUAAUGUUUUGACUUUCAGGAUCAGAAAUUUUGCUUUCCCAUUGUUCUUUUAAGUCUGACACUCCUUGAUACAAUUUUCAGGGAAUCUGACUUUGACAUUGCUAGUCUUGUCUUUCUGUUCUCGUAUUGCCAUCCUGAAUGAUAUGUAGGAACUUUUGAAUAGUAUUUUGUAAUACACAACCAAUUAAUUAUAUAUAUAUAUAUAUAUAUAUAUAUAUAUAU